CCAGAUAACGCCUUCCUCGCAUUUGGACGAAAUAUAAUAUUUUGAUUUUGCUAAAAUCACAUCAAAAAACCACCUAUGACCCCAAAGAUUCAACCCUUCGAUUUAACAGCCGCCCGCAGUGAGAUAACGUCUCCGAUUUCAUCUUUCUCGAGAUCUCUGCACAUUGUUUUUUAAAAUUUGUUUAGCCAGAAUUCAGUUGCUAGUGUGAAAUUGCUGCUUGUCUCUUUUACAUGAUUGAAGUGGAUUCGAUCAAAUUUUUUCUUUCUUCUUGUAGGAUUUAAUUUUUAUCUUCAUUUAUGUUUAUCGACUCAUGGGGUUCAAAUUUGAUGAAGUCGUCAGUAGUCUUUUCUUUUCUUUAUGUCUCGAAACAUUUUCGUUGACAUAAGUUUUUUGAAGGUUAAUCUUCCUGUAGGAAUCUAGGGUUUGUAUUUCUGUUUUUGUUUUUAGGAAAAGUGAAGGAAGAUGAGGGUGGAAAAGUCUCAGGUCUGGCAACCUUGCAAGAAGAAGAGAUUUUAACGAUUGGCAAUAGAGAGGGACGGCGGAGACACAGAGGAAUUGAAAUUUGGAAUAUUCAAGAGGAGGGAAUUUAAUUCCAUUUUUAGGUAUAGAAAGUGACAGUGACAAAAGGGAAUUUCGAAAUCCUACAAAAAAUAGUUUGGGAAAAAAAGGGAAAAAAAUGACUUCUAGAGGGAAUGCUGCGAGUAGGACGCGCGUAGGGAGGUACGAGCUUGGAAGGACACUGGGAGAAGGAACAUUUGCGAAAGUGAAGUUUGCUAGGAAUACUGAGACCGGUGAAAAUGUUGCGAUUAAGAUUCUUGAUAAAGAGAAGGUUCUCAAGCAUAAAAUGAUCGGUCAGAUUAAACGUGAGAUUUCAACCAUGAAACUAAUUAGGCACCCAAAUGUGAUCCGUAUGUAUGAGGUGAUGGCAAGCAAGACAAAAAUAUAUAUUGUUUUGGAAUUUGUUACUGGUGGUGAACUUUUCGACAAAAUUGUAAGCUGGAUAACUGAAAACAAUACUUCCAAAUUAUUGUUGUGCAGAAUGUUAAAGAACUCUGUUUAUUUUAUUAUUAUUAUUAUUAUUAUUUUUUUUUUUUUUGGUUUUUGUGCUGUUUUCUUGAGUCAGGCAAGCAAAGGGAGGUUGAAAGAGGAUGAAGCAAGAAAGUAUUUUCAGCAGCUUAUAAAUGCUGUGGAUUACUGUCAUAGCAGAGGAGUGUACCAUAGAGACCUGAAGCCUGAGAAUCUGCUGCUGGAUGCUAGUGGAGUUCUUAAAGUUUCAGAUUUUGGAUUAAGUGCGCUGCCUCAGCAAGUUCGAGAAGAUGGGUUACUUCACACCACAUGUGGAACACCGAAUUAUGUUGCUCCAGAGGUCAUCAACAAUAAAGGCUAUGAUGGAGCUAAGGCAGAUUUGUGGUCUUGCGGUGUGAUCCUUUUUGUCUUAAUGGCUGGUUUCUUGCCUUUUGAAGAGUCCAACCUUAUGGCUCUAUAUAAAAAGAUAUUUAAGGCGGACUUCACAUGUCCUCCGUGGUUCUCAUCGAGUGCAAAGAAACUAAUCAAAAGAAUUCUGGAUCCAAAUCCUUCAACCCGUAUUACUAUUGCUGAAGUUAUUGAAAAUGAGUGGUUCAAAAAGGGAUAUAAACCACCCACUUUUGAACAAGCUGAUGUCAGUCUUGAUGAUGUGAACUCUAUCUUUGAUGAAUCAGGGGAUUCUCAAAACCUUGUUGUGGAGAGGCGAGAAGCUCCUAUAGGGCCUGUUGCACCUCUGACUAUGAAUGCAUUUGAACUUAUCUCCACGUCUCAGGGUCUUAACCUCAGUAGUCUUUUUGAGAAACAAAUGGGCCUUGUGAAACGGGAAACUAGAUUUACAUCCAAAUAUUCUGCUAACGAGAUAAUAACAAAAAUUGAAGAAGCUGCAAUGCCUUUGGGUUUUGAUGUAAAGAAAAAUAACUUCAAGAUGAAGAUUCAGGGGGAGAAGACUGGACGCAAGGGUCACUUAUCUGUUUCGACAGAAAUCUAUGAGGUGGCCCCUUCUCUUUAUAUGGUUGAACUUCGCAAAUCAGCUGGAGAUACCCUGGAAUUUCACAAGUUCUACAAGAACCUAUCAGCUGGACUGAAAGAUAUUGUUUGGAAAACAAUUGAUGAAGAAAAGGGAGAAGGGUCAAAUGGUGCUACGGUGGUUCCGACACAGUAGUCUAUAGAUGAAUUCUUUUCCAUGAAACUCCAAAUAUUUGAUCUUUGAAAGAAAUAUCAUCUGUAGUUGGGAGUGUAUAUUGAUUGCUAUACAAGAUAUAAAGUAUGUAUUGUAAUUUUCCAAUGAACUUGUGACAUGAACUUGCUUAUGUAUGGUAUCCAUGGCUUGGUUUGAUUUGGUUCAAACAAUGAAUGCAUCAGUGGUUUUUCUUUAACCAUCAAUAUUGGAUGCAUAAAUGUAUUUAUUGUUCCUUUUUUCAAAAGGAAAGUAUAUGAAAACAUAUAUAAGACGUAA